UGUGAGUGGUACGCGCUGCGCGGUCACGCCUCCUCCUCCUGUGUAUGGUACACGCUGCGCGCCCCCGCCCGUCUGCUCCAUUCAGGCAGUAGUCAGUGUCCGGCAGUGCCGGGGAUGUGAGCUCCGGACCCGGGGAGACCAGCGGGGGGGAUGGCGGCUGCACGUGUGGAAUACAUCACUCCGUGGUGGGUUUAUUGGCUGCACAACAUCCCGCACUUGGAAUUGUCCCUCAGACCCCGGAGCAGCGAGUUUAACCCGACAGACCCGGGAUACCGGGAGGCUGGUCAUUGCGGUCUGUGCUUUCCUCAAUCUGCUGUUUAUCACCAUCUAUCUCAUCUGCUUCUGCUGCUGCAAGAAGGGAGAAGACACCGAAACCAAGAAAACUGGUUCCUGUUGUGUUACGUGGACGGCCACGGUGUCUGGCCUCCUGUGCUGUGCUGCGAUUGGCAUCGGUUUCUAUGGCAACAGCGAGACCAAUGAUGGCAUCUACCAGUUGACAUACUCCCUGGAUGAUGCCAAUCAUACCCUAGCAGGCAUUGACACUCUGGUGUCUGGCACCAGCCACAAGCUGAAGGAAAGUCUGGAUCAGCACCUGUUACGCCUCAAUGAGAUAUUUGCAGCACAUGGAGACUAUGUCCAGACCCUGCGAUUCAUGCAGAUCAUGGCCAAUAACGUCGUCUCUCAGCUCUCCACAUUACCGAACUGGCAGGGGACCAGCGGACAACUUUCUUUGAUUGCCCAGAAGGCCAGUGUCAUUGAGUACUACAGAUGGCUUUCUUACCUAUUCGUUUUCAUCUUCGACUUGGUCAUCUGUCUUGUGACGUGUUUGGGACUGGCCAAGCGUUCCAAGUGUCUCCUUAUCACGAUGUUGAGUUUUGGGCUGAUAACUGUGCUAGUAAGCUGGGCGUCCUUAGCUCUGGAUACGUCGUCUGCGGUGGGCACCAGUGACUUCUGUGUGGCUCCUGACAAAUUCAUCAUGAACAUGACGCAAGAUCACAUCAGUUCAGAAGUCGUCCAUUAUUACCUGUACUGCAGCCAGAGUCUGAGGAAUCCAUUCCAGCAGGCCCUGAACGUCUUCCAGAAGUCGCUGACUACCAUGCAGAUCCAGAUACAAGGCCUGCUGCAGUUUGCCGUGCCCAUAUUUCCUACUGCCCUGAAAGAUCUCCAGGGCAUCCAGCUGCUGCUGAACACGUCGGAGUCCAACCUGCACCAGCUCACUGCCCUGCUGGACUGCCGAGGGCUCCAUAAGGAUUACUUGGAGGCUCUUAUUGGGAUCUGUUAUGACGGAGUAGAAGGACUUCUUUACCUUGGCCUCUUCUCCAUCCUGGCAGCGUUUGCCUUCACUGCCAUGGUAUGUGCCGUGCCACAAGCCUGGAAGCAUUUGGUCGCAAGAGACAGAGAUUAUAAUGAUAUCGAUGAGGAAGACCCCUUUAACCCUCAGGCUCGUCGUAUAGCGGUACACAAUCCCAACCGAGCGCAGCUGAGGAGUUUCUGCAGCUACAGCAGCAGUCUAGGUAGUCAGGCCAGUCUACAGCCGCCAAGUCAAGCCAUCUCCAACGCACCGGUUGCUGAAUACAUGAACCAGGCAGCUCUUUUCGGGGGUAAUCCCCGCUAUGAGAACGUUCCCCUGAUCGGGAGAGGAUCGCCCCCACCCACGUAUUCUCCAAGUAUGAGGGCGACCUAUCUCUCCGUCUCCGAAGAGCCAUCCAGUAUAUAUGGCAACGAGUAUCCAGCCUAAGACCCCCUCCCCCCUUAUCUACCAACAUCAAGCUAUUGUUUGCAGCCUGCGGACACCUCUCCUCCUGCCAUGGGCUAAAUGGAGAAGAGACUGCAGUAAGACUUGGCUGAUAACAGAGAGUAAUCGCACGCGGGCCAGGACCUGAGGAACAUCUUACCUGAAAAGGGGACUGGACUAUGAUCACAGACUCUGAAAGAGAUGCCAUAUAACUAUCUUAGGCCUAAAAUUGAGGUGUAGGACUUUUUUGGUGGGUGUGAGGAAUAGAGGGGGAUGUACUAUCCAAUUUUGGAAAUAAAUAUUGUCACUAUUUAUAUAAAGUACGCCCAGCGUACGGAGAAUACGACAAUAGGAAUACUCCAGCAUCUUAUAGGUCUGUAAAUCCACUUUGCUGUAAAAUAGUUGAUAAAAAGUGGUUAAGAUCUAAUGGCUUGGCUAUAUGGGGCCACCUGCUGGCCAACUGGGGUACAGCCACUGAAUUUUUUUUUUUUUUAAUGAAAAAUCACAAUUUCAGGGGCUUAGGAGACCCGUCAGCUAUGAAAUAUAUGUUUUCUAUGUACCAUGAUCACCCCUUUCUGCCUUGUUACCAUAUCCAGCAACGGUGGUGAUGCUGUAUAGACUGAUCUAUGGUGACUACUUGUAUUGUUUUUACUUGUUUAAAAAAAAAAAAUUGCUGCCCAAUUUUUUGGGGCACCUGCUUUAUUUUUUAUUACGUGCAACUUGUCUUUCUUCCAGCCCCUGGAAAUAAACCGCUUAAGGACCAAU